GCAUGCUUGCUCAAGCGGAUCAACAGGCGAUGAGAGGCGAGGGAGGCGGAGUAUUAAAAAAAGCUGCCUGUCUUUUGAUGACCACCGAUCUCGCCUUCCUCCUCUUCUCCAGUUCCCUUCCUUCCCUCCCCCCACCCGCCGCCGUUCCGCUCCGCCGCGUCGCCAGCUCUUCUAUUCCCAACCCAUCCGUGGCCAUGGCGGACGCAGAGAUGCAGCCGCAGAAGCGGGCCCUGCGGACCCAGAUCCGGAGAGCGCUCAAAGCUGUCUCCCCUGCUCAGAGAGCCCAAGAAGAUUCAGCAAUUCAAAAUUUUGUACUUGAUUCUUCUUGGUUUCAGUCUAGUAAAGGGUUAUGUGCUUACUUAAGUUGUGAGACACUUCGUGAAGUUGAUACAUCAAGAAUUAUAGCAGAAGUUCUGAAGAUGUCAGAUGCUGAACUUGACAUGCAGAUAAAGAAAAGCCUAUAUGUUCCAAGGGUGGAGGAUAAAAAUAGCCAUAUGAGGAUGCUCAAAAUCUCAACUAUUAAUGACUUGGUAGCAAAUUCAAUGAAUAUAUUGGAACCAUCGCCUAUUGAUGCUGCUCAAAAUGCACGUGAAGAUGUUAUGCUGGCAAAUCAACCAGUUGAUCUCUUACUUUUACCUGGACUUGCAUUUGAUAGACAAGGAAGACGUCUAGGUCGUGGUGGAGGUUACUAUGAUGUUUUCCUGAAGAAAUAUGAAGAGCUCGCUAAUCAGCGAAAAUGGAAACAGCCACUUCGAGUUGCACUUGCAUACUCCGUGCAAAUUCUCGAGGAGAAUGUGAUACCAAUGUCCCCGACCGACAUUCCAGUCGAUGCCCUUGUUACAGCAAAUGGUGUGAUUGCAAUCAGCUCUUCUGCGAGGGAGAGGUUGUAACUAAAUUACCUAAACAAAUUUGUGUGUUUCUUUCUCAUUAGCUUAAUCUUCUGCUGUGUAUCAAACAUACACCAAUUUAGUUUCCCGCUGUUACAAUUAAUUUAAGAAGCUAGUUUAGGACUGAUAAUAAGA